AUGCAAACACGUCUUUGCAACUACAUACCAUCCACAACCAACGUACAGUUUGAACGUUUCAAUGCAACCUUUUAUCCGCAAUUGGCAAAAUUACAUGAUCAAAAUGUUAAUGAUUGGGGUAAAUACUUAUCCGCAUGUGUAUUUGCCUACAAUACUGGAAUUCAUGCGACCACUGGGUACUUACCAUUUCAACUGAUUUUUGCCCGCCAACCUGUUUUAUCCUUUGAUGCACCGAAACCGGUAAUCGCAUUAACAAAACCAAAUGAUUAUUGGACACAUAUCAAUCUGUUAGUGAAUGGUUACAAAAAUAGUGUAAAGUACAACAUCCACGACCAACAACAGUUGGCGAAACAAUGUUAUGACAAGGGACGCACCAAUCCAAUUUAG